UUAGUGAGAUUAGUGAUUAGUGAUUAGUGAAUAGUGAUUUGUGAAUGGGGAAUAGGGUUAAUUACACAAACAAACUAUAAAACUAAGAAAAAUAAAAAUAAAUAAAGGGCAAAAGCAGACUAAAGUGACCCAAAGGUGGUAUGCUAUAUUAGAAAGAUACCGUUUUGAAAACUUCCUCUCUCCUAAUCUUGAAACCCAUCAAAACAACAAAAUCCAUCUCUUUCUCUCUCUCUCUAACCUAAAAGCUCAAUUUUCAAUUCUCUCUCUCUUUCUUUCUUUCUCAAUUUCAAUUUUGGGGGGUUUUGUCCAAUUUUUCUUUGUUCUUGUUCUUUCUUCUCUAUAUUUCAAUGUCAGAUAAUGUCCAAGAAAGUAAUAAUCAUCAUCAUCAUCACGAUCCAUAUCGACCGUACGAUCCUUUCAACUACGAGAUCGACGGUCGAUCUUGCAGUAGCUUAUUAUUCCCAUUCCUGAUGAACAACAACAACAACAAUCAAAGCUCCUCAAUUAUGUACAAUAAUAUUCCUAAUAUUAAUUCGAAUAAUAAUAAUAAUAAUAAUAAUUACUUGAUGAUGAGUAAUAAUACUAGUAAUAUUACUAGCUACACCGACUGUCUCAACGGUAGCUCCAUGGAUCAAUACAACACUCUCUCUAGAGCUUUCGACAUCUCCUGUUCUGCGCCAUCAUCAUCCGACGUCGUUUCCCAAAUCUUAGAUAAUAAUAAUCAUCAUCAACACGACAUCAUCGACACUAGUACUACUACAACUCCUAAUAAUGAUAAUCACAACGCGCAACUGUUCUGUACAAAUCCCGUAAAGGCAGAUCAUCAAUCCGUGGGGACAAGUGAGAAUCCUUCCACACCUAAUUCCUCCAUAUCUGCCUCCUCUUCUAACGACGGGGCCGCCACUACUGUGACAGCUGGCCCUGAGGAAGAUUCCGGUAAGAGUAAUAAUAAUAAGAAGGAAAAUGAUGAAGAUGAAGAAGAAGACGAGGAAGAUAAUAAUAAUAAGGUUAAAGGAUCUGAUGAUGAAGAAAAGACAGCAAAAAAAGUGUCGUGUAAGACUAAAAAGAAAGAGAAAAAGCCGAGGGAACCACGUUUUGCUUUCUUGACUAAGAGUGAGAUUGAUCAUCUUGAAGAUGGAUACAGAUGGAGAAAGUAUGGACAGAAAGCAGUCAAAAAUAGUCCAUAUCCAAGAAGCUAUUAUAGAUGCACCACUCAAAGAUGCACAGUAAAGAAAAGGGUGGAAAGGUCAUUCCAAGAUCCGUCGAUCGUGAUCACGACAUACGAAGGACAACACAACCACCACUGUCCGGCGACCCUGCGUGGCAACGCGGCCGCCAUGUUAUCGCCUUCUUUUUUGGCCUCAGCUGGGACAUUAUCGCCUAAUAACUUGCCUCAUGACUUCUUCACUCAGUUUCUUCCAAUUACUAAUAAUAAUAAUAAUAUUAGUAACAUUCAUCAACACCAACAACAACAUCAUAAUCUUAAUAAUCAUGAUCAUAUUAUUCAUCAUCAAGGUGAGGCUCCAAGUAAUAAUUCCAUGUUAUAUUCAAACCUUAAUACUACUCAUCAUCAUCAUCAAUAUCGGCAGCAGCUUCAUCAGGUUCCUGAUUUUGGCUUAUUGCAAGAUUUAGUUCCAUCAUUUAAUCGUCAUCACAGCAAGCAAGAUCCUUGAUCAAAAUAUUAUAUAAGAUAUGUAUUCUACCUACUUAUAUAUACAUAUAUACACAUUAUAAUUAUUAUUAGGGUCUAUAUAUAUAUUAAUUGAUAUAUAUUGCAAUUAUAUAUUCCCUUCACAAUGUUUUAUCUCAUUAUUAUUUAUAUAUUAUUAAUUAUUGCUUUUUUCACAUCUCUGUUGUGUGAAAUUUUUAUGUAAAUUAUUGUUUUAAUAUUAGUCGAGAUAUUAGUAUUCUUGUUAUAAGUAUGAUCAUGAUGAAAUGGAGAAUAUAUAACUGGCAUUAUUAAUUAACUGAAUGCCAUUAUAUAGAUAAUAUAUAUCUUUCUGGUUGA